GACUAGUUAUUUAAAGCCUCAGUCGGUGGAAAUUUCCCAUGCCGUUCCGCGCACGCUCAAUCAAAGCUUUAAUACGCAGCCGUGGUAACGGAGAACAGGAGAAUGCGCCCUUCUGCUCGCUGCCCCAACACGAUCUCUCUAGGGACCGGCGCGAAAACAAUCUCAUGGAGCCACAGUUUCAAACGUAGCAGAUCUGACCGAUCACUGGAUAAGAAUCGCACCGUUUUGAAACUCAGCAGUAGGGGGCAUGGUGAGUUGUGCCUGGAUGCUGCGGAGAAUAGUGUGAAGCCUCCACACGUGCUAAGUCUCCGCGGUAAUGCGCUGAACAAGCCACGUGAUAAAAUGCGUGGAUUGACGGACUCAGACGCGGAGGCAACUGAGAUCCAUCCUCCGCCACCCGGAUUGAGAUCUGAUAUUCCACACACAGCCAUGGUUCCAUCUGUUGAGGUGCAGCUUGGCUUCUCUCCGACAGUCACCUGGGGUUAUGAUGGAGAGGAAAGCACUGUGCGUCCUGUGUAUUUUUCCCAUAAAGCGCGAGUAUCUUGUCGCCACCAGAUGGAUGGCAAUAUUAUUGAUGCCACCUGCUGACCACUGGGCUUCCUUCCCAGAAUCUCUUGCCUUGAACCUGUCUGUAGACUUCCAGAACACAAUAAAUAGGAGCACUAGGAGACAGUUCUGUCUGAUGUAAUUAAACUAAAUCUUUUGUAUUUGGUGAAGGUGUCACUUGCUCUGAAAUUGUACAGUAUUAUCCUAUAGUUCCUCUAACCUCUUGGCAGAGGUUCACCUGUUUUGUACUUAUUUGUGUUGAAAUAUUUCAAGGAACACAGAGUGGAAAUAAUAUAUGGACUGAGGUGGAGACAUAGCGUUGUAAAUAAAAACGCAUUUUAUGUUCGUCUUGCAUAUGUAAUCCUGGAUAUAUGAUUUCCUGAUGUUUUUUCAUUGUCACUGAGACAUGCUUGGUUUUUCAGAGGUUCAUGAUCACAUUCAGGCAAAAGAGAAUAUUUUGUACUAAUCACUGGGCUGAUCAUAUAAAAUUAUUAGACCACAUUUAGAUUAUCAAAUACACAAUGAUGUCUUUUGUUUCUUGUUUUGUAAUUCUGUCAAAGCAGUUUGAGUCUUGAAUAAUAUUGUUUAUGGUAAAUAUAUUUCUAUUGUUAA